UUUUUUCUUUUACUCCUCCAGCUUCUAUUGUCUUAAAAGCCCAAGCUCAAGCUUCGAUCCACAAGGAAUUAAGCACAUUACCGGCCUGUGUUUUUGUUUCACUUCCAUUAAUAAUUCCCACCUUCUAUUCCCCCACAAACUCUGAUCAUCUCCUCCAUGACCGGCAAAAGAACCCAGACCAGCCCACUUGGGAGCCCCCCAUCAUCGUCUGGGAACAUCUCAGACGACAGCUCUUCCAAAGACCAAGACAAGUUCCUCCCCAUCGCCAACGUGAGCCGUAUCAUGAAAAGAUCACUCCCCGCGAAUGCCAAGAUUUCUAAAGAAGCCAAGGAGACUGUCCAGGAAUGCGUUUCUGAGUACAUAAGCUUCGUCACCGGUGAAGCCUCCGAUAAAUGCCAAAGAGAAAAGCGGAAGACGAUCAACGGGGACGACCUUUUAUGGGCCAUGAUGACACUAGGGUUUGAGAAUUAUGUCAAGUCCCUGAGGAACUAUCUCGGCAAGUAUAGAGAGAUUGAAGGAGAGAACUCCAUGGAUGCACAAGGAGACAAGCCUCCGAGUAAUGAUUCUUGCCCCUAUCAUGAUUUUCAUCAGCGUUUUAGCGGUGGGUUUUAUUCGUUUGGCCCACAAGAGACUCCAAAGACUAGUUUUGGAGAAUGUGGAAGAGUCGCCGGUUGUGAAGAGAAUUCCGUGAUUGGUGCUUUUAAGGUCAAUGGGAUCCGAGAAAAUGGCGAUGGAGAUGGCAAUAGAUCAUCAUCAGCUGCGGAAGCUCAUCUUCAUCAAGAGAUUGAUCAGUACUACUGGUAGAGAUUGAAAGUUAUAUAUAUAUAUAUAUAUAUAUAUAUAUAUAUAUAUAUAUAUAUAAAUACUUCAGUGUUUGUGGAUCGAAGUUGCACUUAUAUAUAGUUAUUGAAAGGAAAUGAUGCAGGUAAUUAAAAGUAUGUAAAAUGAACGUAAAGAUCUAACUUAAUUUGUGGAUCUAUCAUGAAAUCCCGAUGAUCAUUAGCCUAUCUACCUUUGCUUUUUGGAUGAAUAGUAUAUGUGGCUUAAUUUUAAUGGUUCUAUGAUUCAUGAGUCG